AUGGCUUCAACGUUCUGGGCAGUGGCUUUAGCAAGCCUCUGCUUCCAGCUAGUAACAAUUAACGCACAAGCUCCAGCAACAGCGCCCUCAAAGCCGCCACCUGCAGCGCUGACGCCGAAAGCAGCUACGGCACCUGUAGUGGCAGCUUCCCCUCCAACCAUAAGCAAACCACCAGUGGCUAGCAAGCCUCCAGCGAAUGUGACUCCAAAACCUGCUCCUGUGACAUCACCAGCCCCCAAGGUUGCACCUGUUUCGAGCCCAAAGGUGCCACCACCACAACCACCAAAAGCUUCACCUGUCUCAGCUCCAACCAAACCACCACCGUUGCCGUCGCCGCCUGUUGCGACACCACCACCAUUGCCACCACCAACAAUAUCCCCAACACCAGUCCAAGCACCACCAGCAACUGCACCUACGCCACUACAGAGAGCACCAGCACCCGCACCUGUUUCUCCCCCACCAGCACUAGCACCAACGCCUGUAAUAGAACCACCAACACCAGCACCUGCCAAGCACAAGAAACGAAGGCACAGGCGCAAGCACAAAAAACAUCAUGCACCAGCUCCAGCACCAACAAUUGUCAACAAGAGUCCCCCAGCACCACCGGAUUCCACAGCAGAUUCGGACACAGCACCAGCACCAGCACCGGGUCUGAAUUUGAAUGGAUCACCAUCAAACUAUCAGCAUGGGAGAAAUAUAUGGGCAACGGCUGGGAUUGCCAUCACCAUCUUGCUAGCUAUGACAGGCUUCAGCUCAUAGCAGCCUCGGUGUGACCAUGGAUUCACUCGAAUCAGUUAUUUUGUUUGCAAAAUAUGAAAUCAUUUUAUGUGCAUAGAUCUGAAUAAUGGAAAUUUGUACCUCUGAUAUAUAUUUUUUCCUAUUAAAUUCUUUAUGGUGAUAUGUAUUCAGAAAUAUUAACGAAUAUGAAAUUUUUGGAUUAUGGAAGCAAUCUGGAAAUAUUACAUAAAAA